AUGAAUGAAUAUGCAACUUACCCGAGCCUUCGUGGGAGAACUGUGUUGAUUACUGGUGGAGCUGAAGGUAUUGGCGCAGCAGCAGUUGAGCUAUUCUGUCUCCAACACUCGAAUGUCAUCUUUCUAGACUUUUCGAAGUCCUCAGCACAGAAGGUUGUCGAUAGGAUCAAGGACAUUCCCGAGGCAACGCAGCCUACCUUUAAGUACUGUGAUGUGACGGAUCUAGACGCAUUGAAGACUUGCGCGGAAGAGGUGCUGGAGGCACAAGGAACGGUCGAUGUACUCAUCAACAACGCAGGCGCGGCGGGAGCCAGGUCACGAGUGCCGACUCUUGAAACCACACCAGAGUCAUUCGACGCGGAUGUCAAUGUGAACCUCCGGCAUCAGUUCUUCCUAACACAGUACAUCGUGCCGGCUAUGCAGAAGAAGAAAUCCGGUAGCAUCAUCAACCUGGGCUCGAUCAUCUGGCGAAUUCCCGAGACGUCGGCGCCCGUAUACGCGACUGUCAAAGCAGGAAUUGUCGGCAUGACCAGGGUUCAUAGCAAAGAGUUUGGCAAGGAUGGGAUCCGUGUCAACAGUAUUAUGCCUGGAUCGAUUGUGACGGAGCGGCAGAUUCGGGAAGUCCUGACGGAAGAGUACGAAGCAAUGACCAUGGCGGCUCAAAGUUUGAAAAGACGCGUCCUGCCGGAGGACGUGGCGAGACUCAUGUUGUUUUUGGCGGCCGAGGACUCAAGCGCGAUCACGGGAAGUAGCUACGUGAUCGACGGCGGUUGGGUUAGCGAUAAGUAG